CCCCAAACUUUUUUUAGGUCAUAUAAAGUAUUACAAUUGUAGGGUCGUGCCGCCUGUAUGCACUUACACCAUUCGUUUCGCAGUCAACCUCGGAGACGGAUCGCCGUCUCCUACGCAGUCCAGUGUCAGUGCUAAUUAAAGGAUAAUCAGUGUGUACCAAUCAGUGAUAGUGUCAGAUACUUUGAAAACAUUAGGUAUGUCCUUAGCGACUACUAAUCGUGCCAGUGAAAUGUGGAACAGCAGUGGAGAUAUGAACGCUCAAAUUGCGAUACAAUCUAAGCUUAACGGAUAUAAACAAAACGUAAAUAUGCCGACUGAUUACUACAACAACUAUCAGAAUAGUUAUUAUUCACAAAACUAUAACUACCCAAAUACGAUCAGUGGCUACGGAAAGAUGUAUGAACAGAAUCAAAGUGGCGGAAUAGUGAAAUCGGAACCAACUUCUUGGCCUGGUUACAACACAAAUUAUGCACCUGGGAAUAAUGCUAAUGAUAUGGAAGUGAUCAAUCGAUGGAAAGAAAUGAACUAUUAUUUACAACAACAACAAAUGCAGCACCAACAACAGCAACUGUUACAGCAUCAGCAGCAGCAACUAUCACCACAACAACAAUAUGGGUAUGAACAGAAAAUUAACACAAUGUAUCAAAAUACUAUGGAGAAGCCAGAAGAUAUAAAACUGAUUAAUUCACCGGGACAGUGCAGUGUUCCCGAAGCUAGUUACGGAUCACCUCAAAGUGCAACAAGCAAUUUUAAAUCACCUACGCCUGAAGCAGAGGAAUCGCCAAAUCUAAGGGCACUGCUUAUGAGACCGAAGGACAAAAACACAUCACCGUAUUUUGUGAAGAGUGAUAAGACGUAUACGGAAGACAUGCUUCAGAAGAUGAUGUUUAGCACAGAAGACGCAAGCAAUUGGGAAAAAAAUAAAGAGAGCGCUGAGAAGGAAAGUAAUUUGUCGCAAUUUCAUGGUGGAUUUGAGAACGUUGAGGAUCAAACGUCAAUCAAGAAAGAUGCAGUGGGUGGGGCGACAGAAGGCGCACAAUCAUCACAGGACUCUUCGGGACCCUGUCAGGAUGUGACAAGGGUCGAUGCAGGCGGGGACAAUGCGGAUUAUGCCGAUAACAAAAUGGCGGCUACACAAGAUGUGCAGGCGGUUUAUCCGUGGAUGAAGAGUGUUGGUGGUGAAGACAAAAAGGAAGGCUCGAAAAGAACCCGGCAAACCUACACAAGGUUUCAAACAUUGGAAUUGGAAAAAGAAUUCCAUUUCAACAAAUACCUAUCUAGAAGAAGGAGAAUAGAAGUUUCACAUGCGUUGGGACUGACAGAGCGGCAAAUUAAAAUUUGGUUUCAGAACAGAAGAAUGAAAGCUAAGAAAGAUGGGAAACUAGCAACAUCACCAGAACCAUAUAAUGUGGAUGAAAUAAGUGCCGCUAAAUUAAGUAUGACUGAGUAUAUGGGUGCAACGCAGCGAAUGCCUGGUUUAGGAGAGUAUCCUAACUAUCCUAUGAAUCUUCAACAAACGAAUAUACCACCACAGAUGGCAAGCACUUUACCACCAAAUUAUAUGAUGCCACCUUAUGAAGGGAUCAAAAAUAUGUAACUAGUACUACAUAGUAUAAAGUAAAUAUUGUUUACAAAUGGCACAUAACACUAUACGCUUCCAUUAUUCACGAUUUUAUCUUCUUCAUUAUUAAAAACUUGCAAAGCAUCAUUAUACAAAUUACUUGCAAAGUUUUUAUAUGACACAUUCCAUUGUAAUUAUGUACCUAUAGUCAUUCAUAUCGUAGUACUUCAGUGUAUCGAUGUAGUUAUCAUAUACAUAGAUCCUUAUCGAUCGCUCACUCCCGCGCCUUACAUCUUAAAGGUCGCGCAUCUUAAGGGUUAUUUUUCUCUAAAUUUUUUUAUUAACAUUUUGUUGACAUUGUUUUAGUAUGAA